AUGGAGGCCUCCAAACCCCGAAAGAAGAUGGCCAAGAUCGUCAGCCUCCAGCUGAUGCUGAAGAAAUGGAAAAAGCUGGCAGCUUCCCCCAGGAGCAGCGGUGGGAGGAGCCUUGGUCUCCUCGAGAGGACUCUCCCCUUCUCCGAGGUUCAAUCUGCGGGUUCCUCAAGAGACGUCCCAAAGGGGUUCCUCGCCGUCUGCGUGGGGGAGGAGAUGGCGCGGUUUGUGAUCCCCACGGAUUACCUGAGCGACGGGGCCUUCUCGGACCUGCUCAGAGCGGCGGCGGCGGAGUUCGGCUUCCAGCAGGAAGGUGUUUUAAGGAUACCUUGCCAGGUUUCCGUCUUCGAGGAUAUCCUGAACGUGGUGGGGGGCAAGAAGAAGGGAGCACACGGCUACUGCUCCUCUGAGGCCAAGGUGGUGCAAUCUCGUCAUGCCUACAAGCCGAUCUUUAGAUGA